AUGGGAACCGAAGGAAUUGAUGGUUGUAAAACCACAAGUAAUGAUGUUUUUGAAGUGCAGAGAACGCUUGGCAUCGAAGCUGCGAGAAAUUGCAUCAUUGGGGAGAUAAAGAGUACUAUGAAAUCUCAUGGGAUGAGCAUUGACGAUCGACAUAUGAUUUUUAUAGGGGAUGUGAUGACAUACAUGGGUGAAGUUCUUGGGUUCACAAGAUUUGGAGCUAAAAAAAUGGAGAAGGGUGUUUUGGCAUUGGCUUCAUUUGAGAUGCUCUUCUGUUUAAUGGUGGUGUAA